AUGGUUAAUUUCUUAGAUCCAACUAACACUUGCGGUUAGAAUUUGUUGAAAUUAGUAGCAAGAGGUUCAACAAUUUUAGCAGAAAUGCAAAGACUUUCUGAAAAUAUUCCAAAAGUCUUUUAUGAGAAUUCAUAGACAUCUAGAUAUAAGAAUAUAUUAUUUGAUUUUGAUUACUUUAAAAACAUUGAUACAUAUGAAGAUGUUAUCCAAAAAAAUCCUGAUCUUGUAGAUUUAGAUGAAUUAUUUAAAAGCAAUUAUAUGGAAUUGCUGCAGCGUUUCUAUAUUCUUUUUGAGAGUAUUUAUCUCUAUCAUAAAGAUUUGAACGUUUUUAUUGAGCAAGUUUAAGAGGCCAUCUAUAUCUAAUAUAGUUUUGAGGUUAUAUUGUAAGAUCCAGAAGGCAAAAAAUUAAUCACAGAAGCCUUUUAUUUGUUUGGUUGCAUGCUUUUGCUUAUGGAAAGACUUAUUAUUGGUCCUGUUAGAGAACGUAUUGUUAUCGCAUUCUACAGAUAUUCAGGUGGAUAAUCAGCUCAAGAAAAUAUAAAUUAAGUCAUAAAGCUUACAGCUAACACAGGUUACUUACCAGCAAUAUAUAAUAAUGGAGAAGAAAAAAGACCUCUUGAAUAUCCAGAUUUUUUAUUCGAUAGAUUCCCAUUUAAGAAUGAGUUGAUAGAUUAGAUAUUAUACUAAAUCAAAGAAUAAGAUAUCUACAAGCAUAAAACUGCCUAUCCUGAUAAAGAUCAUAGAAGUUUUGCAUAUGCUGCCCAAGCAAGUAUGGCUUAUGUGCUUCUCUAUUUUGUACAUGAUACUCUUAACUCUAAAAAAUAAUUAAUGAGAGAAAUAGUCGAUAAGCACUUUUAUGAUAAUUGGGUUAUAGCUUUUUAUCUUGGUUACACAGUUGACCUUACUAGUGAGUGGGCUCGUUAUAAUGCCGCAAAAGAAGCUUUAGGAUUUAUUUUUGAUUUAGAAUAUAUACCAUAAUUAGUUAAAUAUUUUCAAGAAAAUCUUUCAAAAGCCUAUCUAAAAUGUAAAGAAUAUUUGAAUGAUGGAGUCCUCAAUGAAGAGUACGUCCUUGAUAAGAUUUAGAAUCUACUCUCUUGUCUUAGAGAGUGUAAUAUCACAGUGAGAUGGUUGAUGUUGCAUAAAAAUACCACUAACAAAAAAGCAAAAGCUAUAUGUGACAAAAUCAGCUAAAAAGAUAUAUUGCAACUUUUACUGUUAAGUUCAAAGUUUGAGGAAAAGCUUAAAACAUCUUUGAAAAACCUCAUUGAUACAAAAGUACCCAGAUGGGAUUAAGAUAAGAAGAGAUGCUGCAAAAGAAUGGAGGAAUUAACCAAUUACUUUGGAGGUUCUUCCACUCUUUAAGAAAUUUAGGCAAAUAAAAGUUUUGAAGCAUGGUUUACUGAAAUGAAAAACUAAAUUGAAAGGCUAUCCUUUGAAGAUAUUACUUAUGCAGGAAGAAAGAUUAAAUAGCUAACAGAAGCUUUGGAUGAUAUAGAGCAAUAUAAUGUAAUGUCUGAAAACAUUCAAAUUAAAUAGUACUUACUAGAUACAAAGAAGGAUUUAAAACGUAUGGUUAGAAUAGUCAAUAUUUAAGAAGAAUACCUAACUCACAUAGAUUUAAUAUCAGAUAUCACAUAUUCAUGGCAAUCCUUACAGGGUAUAUAUGUUACAAACAUGCAAGAUAAAAUUAAAAAGAAUCCAUAGCUUUCUUUACUUUUAAAGACUACUUUUAUGAAACUUUCAUCUAUUCUUAAUACACCUAUGGUUAGAAUAGUCCAAUCCGAAAGUGAUGAUUUGGUCAGUGUAUCUAAAUUUUACUCUGGCUUACUCAUUAAAUUUGUUAAAAACGUCCUUUAGAUCAUACCUAUUAGUGUAUUUGAUAUCCUCCAAAACAUCAUAAAUUUGCUUACAAAUAGUAUGAAGAAACUACCUCCUAAACUAAAGAAGGAAGAACUUAAAGAAUAUUUAUAACCUGAAGAUAGAUCUAAGAUGGCUGACUACACAUAUAAAAUUUCCUUAUUUACAGAAUCUAUUCUCUCUAUGGAAAAAUACUUAAUUGGUGUUAUAGAAAUUAAUCCAAAAGAAAUUUUAGAUGAUGGUAUCAGAAAAGAGCUUAUUAAAUGCAUCUGUAAACAACUAGAUUAAAGACUUAUCUUCCAAAGUAAUAGCGACAUCACUUAAUUCUAGACUACCCUUUUUAAUCUAGCAGAGCAUCUCUCAGGAUUUAAAAGAGCACUUGAAUAUAUUUAGGAUUUUAUUGGAAACUUUGGUUUGAAGAUAUUCCAUGAAGAGUUUGAUAGAUUAAUUUUAACUUACAUAGAUAUGGAAUAAAUUGCAUUUGUUACUAAUAAGCUUGACUAUGAAGAACUGCUUUAUGAUGAUGAUAUUCCUAUGCCUGAUAAAAGCGUUAUGGAAAAGCAAGGAUCAGUUAACUUUAUGGGUAGACUAUUAAGAGAAUUGAUGAGAAUCACUGAUUAUAGAUAAUGUGUUUACGUUGAAUAGAAUUUAGGUUUUUAUCACUAUUCUAAAGGAACAGAAAUUAUUAGUCUAAAAACUAUGGACUUACUUUACAGAUGUGUUGGUGUAGGUGGAUUAAAUGGAUUAGAUCAAUUGUUCUCAUUUAUGAUUGCUUCUCAAAUAAAAACUGUUAUUCGUUAGAUUAAAAAAGAAUUAAACACUGAAACAAAGGCUGAGCUUGCUGAAUUAAUUCAAAGUAUCAAAGAUUUAAAUCAGUUCACUGAAAAGUUUGAUAAGCAAAUCUAGAGCACAAAAAAAAUAUUUAAACAAAUUUCAAAUGCAAUCUAAGAUAAAAUAUUAAAAAUUGGGCAGAUGGUUCUUCUUAGAAGACUUAUUUGCUUGUAAUUGCAAAUAAAGGCUAAAGUUGGUUCAAACAGACUCUUUUUAUCACUUGAAACUUUAAAUGAUUCUAUCAUAAACGAUAUAUUAAAUAGACCUACAACAGAGGCUAUGAACACAGUUGAAGCAUAAGAAAAGUAAAACGAAUUAUUGUUUGAUACAACAAAACUUUUCAGCUAUGUAGGUAUAAGUGACCCAAUUAAGAAGGUUUAUUUAACUACAGAACCAAUUGAAGGACUUUCAUUAAUGAUGCUUGGUCUUGUGCUUAAUAAUAUAAAUUUGAUGGAUUAUAGUUACUAACUAAAAAGCUUGAUCGCUAAAAAAUCAGAAAGGAUUAAUUUAGAGCCUAAUUACUUACUAAAUGGCAUAAUUGUAUUUAUGAAUUAAUUCCAUCCAUCUGUUUAGGAAAUAUUUACUGGGCUUAUAGGUUAUUUCAUAAAGUCUAGCUUUAAUUUUAUGCAAAAUACUAAGGAUGCAGCUAAAAACAGUGACUUUGUUGUAGAUUUGGUUAUAAUUAUGAAAAUAUACGAAGAAUAUUCAAUGUUCUCUGAAAAUGUUCCAAGAGAAUUCCCAAUAGAUCCUAUUGUUCCCAUCUAGCUAGUAAAUGAAUACAAGGAUGAUAAAAAAAUGUGA